AGUAUUCUAUCGUGCUAAGAUCAAAUACAAUGAUAGAAAUAUGCCAAUUGAUCAGCUACUUUACCAGCCACAAUUAAGCAUAAAUACGCCAGAAUAUGGACCAAUUUCCUACAGAGCAUAGAAUCUUGCAUUGACAUAAGAAUUUUCUAUUUUGGUAGCGUGACAUUGAAUAGAGAGAUUCCGUAUUUGGGAAGGCUCAAAAUCGGCUUCCUGAGAAACAUUCAUGCAAGCUUGGCUUUUCUCAAAGUUUCAGAAUCGAUACGACAAUGCUGUGCAAUGAUAUGUGGAUUUGCAGAUAGGGGAAUAAACCGCCUUACAUAAUAUUCAGACAUAGCUAGAUCAAUCAGUGACUAGAUCAUUAAAUGUUGGCACUGUUCUAAUGGAAGCUAUCUCAGGUUAUUUUUGUAGCAUUAUAAGCGUGUAUCAACCGCAAAUUGGUUUUAUUUCAUGAUGAGAACGCUACAGUAUAUAGACACACAGUAAUGGAUAAUUUCUAUAUAUAUUAGCGAUACAUUUAAUGAUCUAUAGAUUUUGACAUGUAUGUAUACUUUGUAAGAGUGUUGUUCUAUCUAACCUUUUAAAAAGUUACAGAAAAAAACGGUAUUAUUUUUUCCGACGCGCAUAACAUGGAAUGUGCGCGUAUUCAUAGGCAAUUUUCACGCGGAGUCUGGAUCUGUUUACCUGGAGAGUGAUAUCGAAAGCAUUAUAAGAGAAGCUGUUUCGGAUAAUGAUGUUUACAUAAUUAAUGCUGAUAAAGAAGAACAAUUAACUCUUCUUUGAUCUAGACUUCAUUGACAUGCACGCGCCUUUACCUCGCAGACGAAACAAUUACGCUUGACAAUCGAGCGUUCAUCUUCACGCUACUGUGUCUUUUUUUCAGGAUUAAACGAAAACAAAUAUGAGCAGGAAAAAGUGAGAAAUGUGAUGUAUUUUAUUCAAAAGUCAUGGAAUACAAAGUUGUGACCAUAGCAACGGUUACCAUGGUGAUCUUGGUAACUAUGGACUGUGUUAGGGGCCAAGUGGAUGAUUACUCAGACCCAAUUAGUUGUUAUUACUGUUUUGGUCCUGCAGAGAACAGCACAUGCGCAGAUCCUGUGAACCCAAAGGAAGACAAAGGAAAGACUCUCACUGUUAUAGACUGUGACAAUGGUAUUUGUUUAAAAUGGACACAUUAUUAUAAAAAUGUUCUCUAUAUGCACAGGACCUGUUCGAACAAACUGAAUGAUUUCAAGAUUAUGAUGAUUGAUGGCGUCUGUCGCUCGGAACGCGAGGGAAAAGGGUACCUGUGCAUGUGUGGAAGACAUUUGUGUAAUUCAGCCGACACUGGACAACUGGCUGGAAAAUUUUGCACGGCACUUUUAACAACAAUAUCCAUAUUAUUCAUUUUGUUUAGAGAAAUGUCACUGGUUUAGCACAACACGCCAUUAGAUUUUUUUUAAUUAAAACGUAAAUCAUUUCAGUGUUAGAAAAUCACGUUCAAAAUAUUAAAUCAGAAAACAGCCAUUGCACAUAUUCAUGAGAAAAACGAUACCAAGACGGGAGCUCAAUAGGUAUUAUUCAUAUACAUGGACCCAAAUAACUUCUGUACAUUUACAUGUAUCACAAGAUUUCUUUGGUGGAAUCUUCUCUUGCCAAAUAUGCAAUAUCGUUUGGAGAGUGUAAAACAUGAAAGUUCUUACUGCUGCAUUAAAGAAGGAGUGUAACAUGUUAAAUGUACAUACAAUGCAAAAGAUUUACUUGAGAGUAAAGUGCAUACAGUAUUAAGGCGUUGGUCGAUAAUUAGCGCAUGUGCAUUAGAGAGGUACUUUCUUGCCAAGCGUUUAAAUGACGCAGAUUUUAGCCCACUUGGUGUCUGUAUUACACGUUAGUAUACCACAGUUAUAGUUACUAAGGGCAAAUUAUCGAAAAUUGUGUACGUUUUUCUCUCACAAUGGCAAAGGACAGGAAGUCUCGAUCUGUAGACAAAAAGGGGAAAACAACAACAACUUCGAGACAAUAUGAAAAAAACGAAUGUCCCAGUUCACUGAAACAAUAUGUGCAAGAAUUUUACAUGUCCUUGAAUAACUAAGAAUCUUCAUUCUUAGUUUAGCGUUGUGUCACAGAAAUAGUGCAGACGAUGUGUUGUUAUCGAUUACAAUAAAGAUAAUACAUUAGAGCACUGGAGAGAAUAUUGCAGCUAAUUUCCUUUCAGUUUUGGAAUAAAUAGUUUCACGUGUUGCGCGUAGGCGAGAAUGCAACAGGUCUUGUGAAUGGACAUGGAAGUCUCGCGCAUGUGGCUAAGUCAUGUUUUCCGUGUGCUGAUCCUCUGUGAACAUGGACUGCCAGAGAUCAGCUUUUGUUUCAAUGUGGUGCUCAGAUACAACUUGCAAAAUUCACUUGAUAUUGCUCAAUGGAAGAAAAACACAACAUUGUGUCUUUAAUUUAAUGAUACAGUUGGAGAUUAUCAUUGUUGCACGAUAUUAACGUGCGUCGGAGUAUUGAUAUUGUAUUUUCUAUUCCUGUGUCAAAACUUUUUGCAUUUACCAUUCUUUAACAAUUGACAAAGGCACAGUCUUUCAAUUUCGACCCGUUUAUCUAAUCAUAACUUUUUGCACCUAUAGUUGCAUUGAAAGUUGUCGUCUGUUAUAUUUGAGAAAACAAUUUGAUGUUUCAUAGUCAUGUAAACAGCUAAAAAUUCUGUAUAGACAGGUUAUUGUAUGUUACACUAACUUUCGAACGUUGUCAAAUUGGAAAAUUCAGCUUAAAAUCAAUUCACUUUUUAAUCGAUAUGCAGAUGUCAAGUGUCUCACUUAAAACGCAUAUCUAUAUUACUUUUUCAGUUUCAGUAAAUUAUCAAUUUGCUCAAUGACUAAUUAUAUAACGCCGAAUUCAAUCCGUCAUCCGCAAUAUUAACCUUAGAUUGCCGAAAUAUACAUCUGAUGUAGAAUGAAAUAGGCUAGUGCCACAACAAUACACCCCAUUUGUGUUUCUAUAUCGGGAUCUUAGCUGAAAGUACCAUGGGGCUUUCGUUCAAAUAGGACUUAUCUUAAAAUGAGCCGCACCAUGAGAAAACCAACAUAGUGCGUUUGCGACCAGCGUGGAUCAAGACCAGCCUGCGCAUCCGCGCAGUCUGGUCGGGAUCCAUGCUGGUCGCUUUCAAAGCCUAUUGCAAUUAGAGUAACCAUUAGCAAACAGCAUGGAUCCUGACCAGACUGCGCGGAUGCACAGGCUGGUCUGGAUCCAUGCUGGUCGCAAACGCACUAUGUUGAUUUUCUCAUGGUGUGGCUCAAAUUACCAAUACGCAAAUGUCGUCUGUCACAUUUUGUGACCCUCAGUUUAUUUUAAAAUUUCAUAUAAUUCAAUACAUUUCUAAUAGUCAGUGUUAUAGCAUUUCAUGUAAAUAACAUUUUAAUGAACAUGUUGACAAGAUACACGGCUCCGAUAACAAUAUGAAAAUAGAUACAAUGUAUCCAAAGUAUUUACAGGGUAAAUAUUGUGUUUAAAUACCGUCUUCCGUUGUAGAUUCUUGUAUCACCAGAUCCAUUAGUUAAUUACAUUUUAUGUAACUGUAUGACUGUAAAUAAACAUCCAACCUUUGUUAUGGAGUACAUCAUUACGUUAUCAAUUUCUGUGUCAAGGUCAAAUUGUAGAUCAUAUUGGAACCCUGUGUGAAAUUUUUGCAAUGAUUUUUUCAGAAAAUAAUCCAUUUAUCCCUCAUUGUAAAAUUUGUAUGAUACAUUCCUGUUUUACCUGUUUGUAUAGGCUGUUAGAGGUGACAGUAAACUUGUUUAUUUCAUUUAGGUAAUGAUAUCAUGUUUUUAAACAUAUUUUGAACAUAAAUUUUGCCAUUGUAAUUAAAUGAAUAGAGCCGCAUUGCUAUACAGCACAAUGCAAUUUUCCGACUUCUAAAUCUAAAAUAGGUAUUUCUGUCAGAUAGAAUAGGGCAAUAUCGAAAGAUUAUAGGUAAGGAUAGAUUUCUCGGAAGCACAGAGCACCUAAAACACAGCCUCAGAGCCACGCAUUAGCAAAGUAGGCCCACAACAAAAAGAGGCUGUAAUGGAAAAAUACUACAGACGGGUUGCUUCAAGCAUCUAACAAGUACAUAUUACUUUAUGUGAACGAACUUGUGUUUGCUUAUAUCGAAAUUGUGAUAAACAGACGACUUUUUUAACAUAGAGUGACAAUACAUUACCUGAUCCGAAAAUAUGAUAACUGUUGAAAAUAGAAAGUGCAGCAAUUUUAUAUGCUAAAAGUCGAUUUGAUAUUGGUAACUUUAUUAUUUGGACGUGUCUGAAUUGUUUUAGUAGUCUUUUUUUUAUCAUUUUUCAGUUGCCCUUUUAAUGAUUACUGCAUGUGUUUAUAAUUUAUAUGAAUAUGUUUUUACACUGUGUGAAGGUAAUUAAGAAUUUAAUUCAGUCUCAAAGCUUAUUAUUCUUGUGCUUUGAAUUAUUCGAAUUUAAAUAUUUUGAAGGACAUUGAAUAUGAUCGAAUUGAAAUAUUUUCUUGGGACAUUCGAUAUGAACUUGACUAAAAAAUAUCAGCAAGUCAAGUCUGCUAAUUUGGAUUAUUGUCACAUAUUGUGAUAUAUAGAUCUUAAAUAUUAUUUGCGUAUGGUUUAGAUACAAACAAACCAAUUUAAGGGAAUGAUGUGAUAUUCAUUGUGUUUUAAGAAAAUCAAAAUAAACACGAAAAGAAACAUUC